GACAUCACUGAUCUGAGUAGCCUCAACGUCGGACCUGUCGAGCAAACGACCCCUAGUUUACUGGAGGUGCCGACGAUAUCCCCUUCCCCGAUAAGCACGAGGAUAGCCACGCCUGGCUCAAUAAGCGAAGUGCCCGGGUACAGAUGCUCCACGAUAACCGCAAGCUCGGACACGCUUCGACCGUUGCCGGCACAUGAAAGCCUUGGAGCGGAGACCUCAACAUCAGACAAGAUGCCGGAGAUGGUGGAUGAGUCCAUAUCGCGGGAUGAGGACGCGGUAAUGGAGAAUGGUGUUGAGCACGCAGCGGAGGGCGCACAAUUUAAUACCUGCUUCGGAGAGGUGAGGAGUCCUUGUACUCGAGAGAUACAAGCUAAGAAAGCCAGGUUAUGGUGGGGGUAAUCUCGUCCAUCGAUUGGAAGGGAGAGACCACGCCCAAGCGAGUCAGUAUAGAGCCUUUUGGCAACGUACUAAAACUACGGCUGUGCACAGAGCCCCGAAAAUACGCCGGAAUGAUCACUGUGCCUGCACUGAGAAAACUCCACGAGAAACAUUCAGUACACUUGGCGGGGACGUUGUUUCCCCCGAAAACGACGGACGCUAAGGGCAAGAACGCUGAGUCUGACGCUGAUCCAAUGGUCCAUGUACUGGUAUACGGAAAUCGGGACGACAAGGAUAGUAUUGGUGCUUGCCUGAACGAAGGGGAUGUGUUUCUGCAGCAUCCAAUAACUGCACCCUUCGACCCGCGCAUCACCUAUCUUAACCCGAAUUAUCUGGUUAGACCCGGCGGCAAAGGGCCAGAGCUUGGGGAAGUCGUGGCCCUUGGUGAAGAUCAGGAACCGGAAACCGCGAGAUCAAUUUCUUCUGCGGAAAAGAAUAAAGUCAUGCAAAUCUUUGAUUCCGCCAUGCCUGAAACAGGGACAUACUCUGCUAUCAAGCAAAGCCAGCGGCUGUCGACCACUUUAAAAGAGUAUCAGCUUGUUGCGCUCUCGGUGAUGGUUGAAAGGGAAACGAGCAGGGUCCAUGACCUUAAGUUUCCGUCUCUUUGGAGGCCAGUUAAGGGCUCCUCAGGGUACCGCAAUAAUAUCACGGGUGUAACCCAAGACAACCCGACCCCUUUGAAAGGUGGUAUUCUAGCCGAUGAGAUGGGAUUAGGAAAAACCUUGAGUCUCCUUUCCCUCGUUUGCUUCAGCCUGGACACCUUGGAUGAAAGGGGUAUUCCAGAUAGUCAUCCUCGAGCCACGCUUGUCAUUGCACCAAAGUCGACCAUCCCUGCCUGGGAACACCAGAUAAAGAAACACAUCCAGCCUGGCCAAGUGCGUUACGUGGUAUAUCAUGGGACGAAGCGAGAGGGUGUGAAGCAACCAUUCAACCGGAACUACGACAUAGUAAUCACGACAUACGAGACUCUACACCAUGAUUCAAAAGCAGACAAUAAGCUCCGAGAUGAAAAAUGGUACAGGGUUGUACUGGAUGAAGCUCAUCGCAUACGGAAUCGAGCUUCUGCACAGUUCAAGGCGGCAGCCGAGCUCAAUUCGUACUAUCGAUGGUGUCUGACAGGCACGCCGAUUCAGAAUUCGCUUGAUGAUUACUGUGCUCUUCUGGCCUUUCUACAGGUCGAGACCUUUCGGGAGAAGCGGCUGUUUGAUUACUGGAUUGCGGGCCCAAUGGAGAGGAAAGGAGCAAGAGGCGUGAACGAUUUGAAGAUUCUUGUUGCUGCCACAUGUUUGCGGCGUACCAAGAACAUGGUCGAAGAUGCAGUGGAGCUCCCGGGCAAGAGCGAGGUGAUUGAGCCAAUUCAGCUGGCACCCGCUGAACGCGAGAUAUAUGAAUUCUUCCAGCGAAAGGCAUCGAAAAUCAUGGUACGACUGGACCAGCCGGAGCAAUGUGAGAGGAAGAAUAACACCUUGUCCAUCAUCAACAAUAUGCGAGUUAUCUGUAACCACGGGGAAGACCUCCUCCCAGAAUCCCAAGUUGCGAUUUGGAAUGACCACAAAAAGGCCAAGGAGGAUACAUCUUUGUCACCAGAACGAGUGGAAGGUCUAUCGCUACCGUCUCCCGGUGGCGUACAUUGCAAUUUCAACACUGGCUCGAACAGGCCAUCCACAAAGGUACAGGCGCUGCUAAAGAACCUAGAGAAGGAGCAGAGGGCUUCAGGGAAAGUAAGCCCUAAGCUUGUAAAGAGUGUGGUAUUCAGCCAAUGGACGAAAAUGCUCGAUCUAGUGGGUGAUGCAUUACGUGGUUGCAAUUACGAAUUCGCCCGGAUAGAUGGAGGCUCGAGUCUAUCAUAUCGGUCUGAUGCACUCCAGAGGUUCAAUGAGAACGGGAACUGCACAGUCAUGUUGGCAAGUACGCGCAGUGCUGCAGAAGGGAUUGAUAUGACCGCAGCGAGCUUUGUGCAUAUUCUUGAGCCCCAUUGGAAUCCAAAGCUCGAGGAUCAGGCAAUUGCCCGUGUUCAUCGCAUUGGGCAAUCACGCAAUGUCCUCGUCACCAAAUACCUUGUGCAAAAUUCUAUAGAAGACUAUGUCCGGUGGCUUCAGGAUGAUAAGAAUUGGAUAACGCAGAUCUCGCUAGCAGGGACCGACGUAGAGUUGUCGUCCCUGGAUCUCGACUGUCAAAGACGCGAAAAGCUACAGCAGGUAUUCACACUCACAUAGUAGGCAGGAUUUACGUCGGCUACAACCAGCAUCUGGGUGGCUCCACCUGCCCUGCGUUU